AUGACUAAAGUGAAUUGUGCAUUACCUGAAGGAAGUAACCUUCAAGGUUGGAUUUUGUCAAUCGCUUCAGGUUUGGCUUGUUGCGUUGGUGUUGCAUCUUUAGCUCUGGGAGCUGGUGUAAUGUUAUAUUCUAGCUUUUAUACGUUAAUGCAUGAAUCCAAAACAAAUUUCGAACAUUCAGAUCUUUCAAAAGGAUAUUCUGGACUUUUCUUAUUGAUCUUUUAUUUCGCGGAUCAAGAUCAAAAGCAAUUAAUGCGUAUAGGAAUUCAAACAGCUUUAGCUAUCUCCAUUCAUAAAUUUCCAGAAGGCCUUAUUACUUUUGUCACGUCAAAAGUAUCACCAUCUAUGGGAUUCGCUUUAUUUUUUGCCAUCGCUCUUCAUAAUAUUUCCGAAGGAUUCGCAAUAGCUCUUCCAUUAUAUAUCGCCACAAGAUCAAGAAUGAAAAGUUUUUUAUAUACCACUUUAUUAGGUGGAUUAAGCCAACCGUUAGGUGCUUUGAUUGGUUGGUUCUUUCUUAAAAAAUCAUCAAACGAAUGUUGGGAUCAUAAUUUUGUUUAUGGUGCUUUAUUUGGUUUCGUUAGUGGUUUAAUGGCUAUUAAGAAUGAUAGGUCUAAUGGGAAUUUAGUCAGCACUUUCUUUUUCUUGGGUGUUAUUAUUAUGGGCUUAAGUUCUGCCUUAUUUGAUCAUGCAAAAUCUUCAAAUUAA